AUGCCGCGAUCAUACGGAGUAUUCCUACUCCUGACGGCGCUGGUAGCGUAUGCCAGUGGCCAGGUAGAUGAGGUCCUUAAGUGGCAGAAGGUCGAGUACGAUGUGCCGGCCGAAGUACUGCAGCGUCCAAAUGGCUACAUCCCGAUCGGCAACAUUCCGAUGGGAGCCGUGCACUACAAGAACCGAGUGUUUGUUGCGGUGGCCCGUCGUCGAUGGGGUAUUCCGUCAACAUUGAACGUGGUGGACAUUUCGCCUCCGUUCCCCAACGACAACGUUGUCCUGAAACCGUACCCCAACUUUGCUCUCAACGAGCUUCGGGCGGAUCUGCAACCAGAUGCUAACAGAAUUGUCACCGUCUAUCGGCCACGUGUUGAUCGCUGCGAUCGUCUAUGGUUUGUCGACACUGGAAUGAUGGAAAUCCCCGGAAAUUUCACCGUUGUCCAGCGUCCGUCGGUGUGGUCGAUCGAUCUUAAAACGAACGAGCCGAUCCAUCGUUUUGAAAUCCCCAAGGAGGCUGUCGAGACCGGGUACGGGCUGACGUCGAUCACCCUCGACGUGGACCCCACCGACUGCGAGAAGGUGUUCGUCUACAUCUCCGAUCUGCAAACGUACCGCAUGGUGGUGUACGACUACCAGAAUCGCCGGGCGUGGCGCUUCCUGCACAACUAUUUCUUCCUGAACCCGCUGGAGGGCGACUACACCAUCCAGGGUAUCAACUUCGCCUGGGACGAUGGCAUCUUCUCGAUUGCCCUCGGUAACCCCGAUCCGGCUACCAAGUUCCGCACGGCGUACUUCCACGCCCUGUCGAGUAACUCCGAGUUCACCGUGUCGACGCGUGUGCUGCGUAACGAAACGGCAUCCCAGCGCUCCUGGCACGGCGCGGACUUCCAGCUGCUCGGGUACCGCGGUGCCCGCACGCAAUCGAGCAUCCACGCGUUCGAUCCGGAAACGGGCGUCAUCUUCUUCGCGUUGAUCCAACAAAAUGCAGUCAGCUGUUGGGACUCGAACAAGCCGUUCGCUCCGCAAAACAUGGCCAUCGUGUACAAGAACGACAAGGACAUCGUUUACCCCAACGAUCUUUCGAUCGACCAGGAUGGCUACGUGUGGUUUAUGACCAACUCGAUCAUCAAGCUACUAUACUCCGAGCUGAAGCUGGACGAGUUCAACUUCUUCGUGUGGCGCGCCAACAUUAAGGAGAUCAUCAAGGGAACGGUUUGCGAUCCGGCUUCGCCACCAAACACCCAAACCACGCAGCGCUUCGGCGACUCGAACAACAACGACCGCGUGACUUUCUACGAAUUCAAGGAUAGGCCCGGUCCGGGUGGUGGCCCGCACGGCGGCUGGGGACAUGGCAAGGGACACGGUGGACGUUACCAUUAAGUGUUUCACGGGAAUUGUGCGGGAUUGACCGCAAUUGGGCAUGAGAGCGGCAAAUAAAAGUGUGCCCCAAAUGUAAAAGGCGCUUCGCAA